GCCUUAAUGGAAAGCAAUCAAUUUGUCUACCCGAUCCAUAUGAACAGUUCGUAUUCCCUGGCCUACGUAUUAACAAGGAAGAAUUACGCAAGGACUUCGGUAAUCGUGGACACUAGUUGCGAUGGCUCAUCCAGCCUGCUCAAGGAAGCUUCAUCAAAUAGAUAUUUCAACAAGACAUAUCAAUGGAUGCUUUGGGGUGUUGAUAAAAAUAUUGAUGAUUUGCUUCCACUUGAUUUAGAUUACGUGGGACCAAAUGCCCAAUUGACCUAUGUUAAUAAAACUCGGGAAGGAUACUGUCUAUGGGAUGUUCAUUCUAAGGGUCGUCAAUUGAAAUCAUCAUUGAAAUUGCAUUUAAUAGCAAUAUUAUUUAAUAGCAGCAAAGAACUCGAAAUAAUUCAAAAUAUUUUUGAGCUGCAAAGCAUCAAGUUUCGUAGUCAAUUCAAUGGGCUGGUUCUACGAGGGGCCAGUGUUAUUGAUCAAGAGGAUAUAUUGUCAAACGAACAGAUUGAAGACAUUUUAUCAAGGUCAACAAAGGAUUCGGGAGUUGCUGCAUUUAGUAAAUAUCAUUACGAGUUGUUAAGCCUGCUCAAGGAUCGCUUUAACUUUACCGUUAAUUUCCGAAAUUCGAGAGGUUGGGCCGGCAGAUUGGGAAAUACAACAUUUCGACUGGGAUUACUGGGAAUAAUAAUGAGAAAUGAGGCGGAUAUUGCAGCCACAGGUGCAUUCAAUCGAAUCAAUCGAUUUGCUGAAUUUGAUACAGUUCAUCAGAGUUGGAAAUUCGAUACGGCGUUUCUAUUUCGAUUUACGCCCGAUCUCGAUACUCACGGUAAAAGUGGAAAUUUUCUAGCACCUUUUAGUGGACAGGUUUGGUUCUUCACCAUGCUUACCUUAAUUUUAGUCAACUUUAUUUGGUUUCUACUUGAGUACAUAAAUAAAAGAUGGAAUGGCCGUGUCAAGACAAGAUCUUCUAAAGAUACAUUGACAACCAGAAGUUCUUGUAAUUGGGCUGAAAGAACACUUCACACCUUCGGAGCUGUCUGUCAGCAGGGAAUGGAUCCAAUUCCAACGGAUUUGCCAUCCCGGUCCGUUGUUGUUACCAUAUUUCUAUUCUCAGUGGUAAUGUACAACUAUUACACCUCAUCAGUGGUUGGAGGUUUACUUAGUUCCUCAGAUCAAGGACCAGCUACAGUCGAUGAAAUAUCAGCCAGUCCACUGAAAAUUUCCUUUGAAGAUAUCGGUUACUAUAAAGUCUUAUUUCGAGAAAGCAGCAGUCCAGUUGUGAGACAACUUAUAAAGAGGAAAUUAUCAUCAUCAAGGGGACCCAAUGAAAUGGGUGUUUAUGGUCAUAUAGAGGAAGCGAUUCCGUACCUUAAGAGUGGCGGAUUUGCAUUUCACUGCGAAGUAGUUGAUGCCUAUCCCAUCAUAGCUGAACUAUUUGAUGCGAACGAAAUUUGUGAUCUCCGCGAGGUAUCCGGCUUAAUGGAAACGGAGAUUAUGAAUUGGAUUGUGCACAAAAAUAGUCAAUAUACCGAAUUGUUCCGAACUGCAAUGUGUAACGCUCGAGAGGCUGGUUUAAUCGAAAGAAUUCUACGACAGCGACAAAUGAAGAAGCCAACCUGUCAGUCCAUGUAUACCGUUUACCCAGUAACUAUUUCGGGCGUUACUUCGGCAUUUUUCAUAUUGCUAAGUGGUAGCUUUCUCUCCUUGCUAACGUUGGGCGUGGAGCUUUUGUGGUCUAAAUGGAGAAUCAGAAAUGUGUAA